AGUCACACACACAAACAACGGGUCGAGUCUGCGCGACUCCUUCGCUACUAUAUUCCGAGUGGGGAUCCUGAAAACGUGCUCGACUCACGCUCUUUCGAAACUUAGUGCGCGCCACAAGCUCGCCGGAUUCGAACGCAACUUAAUUUUGAGCUUGAUUCGCCGGAACCUCGUGUUCGGAAAAACACUUUUUCCAAAACAAAAAUUAAUUGUCCACCAAAAAAAAGGGUAUUUUGGGAAAAGAAAAAAAGUGUGUUCAGCGAAGUCCAAGUGGAGAAGAAAGUCGACUUGGACUUUUUUUGGGGGGCUGGGGAAAAAAGUUUUCACAUUCCAAAUGAAGGAAAAGUUAACGAUUCUCCAGUGAAUGAUAAAUACAUGAAGUACCCCGCGGGGAGAUUGAUCUCUUCCGCCUGGGAAACCGAUAAUCACCUCAUUGAGUUAUCUGAUGGGAGUUGAAUCUGGCUUUCGAAUCUGAGAAACAAAACGAUAUCGAUGGUUCGAAAAGAGACUAGACACCCACCUAAUAAUCCCUUAUUCUCAAAUUUUGCAAUUAGGAUUAGAUAAUUAAAAUUUGCAGAAGAAAUAGAAGUAAUUCCGUUUCCCUUUAUUGAGUGAUUAAAAAAAACUCAAGAAUGAAUAGUUCCUAGAAGUUUCGAACAAGAAGAGGAGUGAAGGACUUUGAAAAUGAGCGGGAGUUCAGUGCUACUGUGCAUGUUUGCACUUCUUGUGAUGAUACAAGUUUCAAAAGCGAGUUGGGAAGAAUGGUGGACGUAUGAUGGAAUUUCAGGACCUUCCUUCUGGGGCCUCAUAAAUCCUCAAUGGUCAUUGUGCAGUAAAGGAAGACGGCAAAGUCCCAUCAACAUCGAGCCGGACAAGUUGCUCUUCGACCCACACCUGAGACCAGUGCAUGUGGACAAACACAGGAUAUCGGGGCACUUGCACAAUACGGGUCAAUUCCUUGUGUUCAGGGCGGAUAGAGACGUCAAGAUUCGAGUAAAUAUAACGGGAGGUCCACUCGCCUAUCAUUAUCAAUUCGAGGAAAUCUAUAUUCAUUAUGGGUUAGACAAUUCACAUGGUUCUGAACAUCGGGUCAACAAUUAUGCUUUUCCUGCUGAGAUUCAAGUCUAUGGAUUUAACGCUGAAUUGUAUCACAACAUGAGUGAAGCACAACACAAAAGUCAAGGUUUAGUGGCUAUUUCCCUAAUGGUGCAGCUUGGCGACACGCCGAACCCGGAACUACGGAUAAUAACCAGUGUGUUCAACAAGGUGCUUUACCGAGGUGACAAGGCUCAAGUUCGUCACUUGUCGUUGCGAUCCUUACUUCCCGAUACCAAUGGCUACAUGACCUAUGAGGGAAGUACAACACAUCCAGGUUGUUGGGAGACUGCAGUCUGGCUGGUGCUGAACAAACCUAUCUACAUCACUGCUCAAGAGUUGUACGCUUUGAGAAAACUGAUGCAAGGACCAGACAACUCCCCAAAGGCACCUCUCGGGAACAACUCGAGACCACUGCAAGGACUACACCACAGAACUAUCAGAACAAAUAUUGAUUUUCACAAGCGUCCAGAAGCUAAAUGUCCAACAAUGGCCAAGGACAUGAAAUACAAAGCAAAUACAUGGCGAGACGUUGGGGAGUCAUAUUCACGAAAUAUUUACUGAGAUUGGCUGAAGGAUGACGCUUGGCUUUUUCGUCCAGUCGAAGAUGUCCAUGUGUCCAAUUGCCAAGAUACAUCAGAUAAUUUAUUUUUCUACGGAGAUUUCGAGUUCGAUUGAGUGUCACUGAUGACAUUCGCAAACAUUAUACUAAUAAACAUCUCAUUAUUGUGAAAUAAUGGUGUAAAAUAUUAAAAUGAAAAAAGAAAAAAAAACAGUUCGGUUGUGCGUGUAUGAUAUAAAUGCGUAUUGUGCUAUUUAUUAAAUAAGUAAACCAAAACACUCAACGAGUUUGAUUGAAGAUAGUGUAAAAAAAAUAAAUACGUAAAAUAGAAAAUUUUCUACACGGCAGUAUAAAACAAUUCCAAAAUGAAGUAAUUGCUAAAAACAAAAUGCAAACUUUUGUACGGAAAAUUACUCCUUGAUGAAAAUUGAAAAUAUUUACUAGGUCACGGUUUAUAGACAGUUAUAUUGUAAAAAAUUUGUAAAAAAUGGAAAGUAAUUUGCGUUUUAUAGUUAUUACUGAAAAAUGUUACGCAGAGUAUUGUGAAAACAGAAAAGUGAAUUAUUUCUAUGAAAUGAAAUUCGAAUAUGGACCAGGAAUGUCUCGCUUUUUCUCAGCUGCAAAACGAAACGUAAAAUUGACAAUACGGACCCUAUGAUAAAAAUCUAUUUAGUUAUAUAAACAAAUUUUUGCUUCAAUGUCAAUUAUUAAUAUAGGCAUCGUAUUUCUUUUUUUAUAAUCUCAAACAGGAAUUUUAUUUCCUUCUAGAAAAUAUGUAAAUCUAUCCAAAAAGUAAUUGUCAAUUAUUUUCUAUUUAUUCGCAAAUGAAUUUUUAAAAAAAGAAAUCAACUAAAGAGAAACACCUCUCGAGAAAUUCCACAAGAAGCCUCAGGUGACAGAAAAAUAGUCUGAAUAAUAAAAAUUGAAAAUAAAAUAAAAUGUUUAAAUAAAAAAUCGAAUUUCAUUUCUUCAAGUUGUACUUUUUCUAUAUUAUAUUCCAUUGCUGUCUCUGGGGAAUGUUUAUUCUUGAAAAACAAACAAGCGAGGCGAAGGGAAUCUCACAAAGGCAUAAACCAAGCGAGAAUAUUACUGAAAUCGUAGCAUAGUAAAAUGAAAGAAAAAUCUUUCAUCGCUUUUGUAUAUAAUGUACCUUUAGGCGUCAAUCUAGAGUGUAUAGAGAACAAAAGCUAAAUCAAUUGUAUUAUAUGAAAUGAAUUUGAAGAAAUUGCUGAAAAAUCAUGGUUAACGAAUAAUAACAAUAAAUAUCACGUUAUAUUGUA